UACAUGAAAUAUUUUCAAAUCAUUAGACGAUAUCUAAUGCGCAGUUUGUCAAACAUCCUUGUUUAUUAGAAAGUUUUAAUGUUUUAUAGUUUUACGCGCUUCAUCAAUUUCCGUCGUGUGUUUUCUAUUUGUGACAGUUAUUUGGGAAUAAGCACUGAAAAUACAAAAUAUUACACAUACGAUGGAUUGUAAAGUUAUACCUCUUUUACUAAUCUACACGUAUAUGCCUUCAGUUGCAAGUGUAGAAAGUAGUUGUGAUAAAGGACAAUGGGGAAUCAACUGCACGAGUACCUGUCCAGCGUUAUGUUCAUCCUACGGUUGCGACAAGAUAACCGGUUUUUGUUAUGAAUGCAUGACCGGUUUUCAAGGAAAAUAUUGUGAUAUACCAUGCCCUUCAAAGUGUUUCAAAUGUGAUCAAUUCAAUGGAAAAUGUUACAUAUGUUCCAUCAACUGUAAGACUUGUCCAACUUCUCCUCUCAGUAGAUGUAGGUAUUGUAAAAACGGCUGGUAUGGAAAGGACUGUGAACUGCGUUGCAAUUCAGGGUGUCGACAAGGCUACUGUGGCAGGGAUGGUGAUUGCUAUGGUUGUCACUAUGGAUGGUACGGGUCGAAGUGCAAAAAACAAUGCCAGAACUGUUUUGGCACAUGUUCUCAAGUUUCUGGCUCAUGCACUCGCUGUGUUUCAGGAUUUUGGGGUACAAAUUGUUUGAACAAAUGUACAGGAACAUGUGAAAUGUGUGAUAAAUCUGACGGGAAAUGUUUACUUUGCCCGGACAAAUAUUGGGGGCCAAACUGCUCUAGCCUCUGUAGCCCAACUAAUUGCGAGAGGUGUGAUGUAAAUACAGGAAUCUGCAAAAAGUGUAUCGCAGGCUACUGGGGUACAAAAUGUGAAAAACAAUGUAACAAUUGUAUUGACAAAAAAUGUGAUAUUUCGUCAGGCGUAUGUGAAAACUGUCCGGCCGGGUAUGCUGGCGAAUAUUGCAACAUAACAUGUGAAACAUUGAGGUGUUCAAAUUGGUACUGUGACAGAAGACAAGGGUUUGCUUGCUCAUCUUGUAAAUAUGGGUAUUGGGGUACAUUUUGUGAAAAUAAAUGUAUUGAAAAAAAUUGCGGUCAAUGCAAAAAAGAUUGGGGGAGUUGUACAACGUGUAACGCUGGGUAUUGGGGACAUUCCUGUGAGAAGAAAUGUCCAGUGAAUUGCAUUGUAAGCUGCGAAAAACAUUCAGGUGAAUGUGUUUAUGUACAUGUACAAGAUACAUUACUGCACAUUACUGAAUCUAAUUGUAAACCAGGAUAUUGGGGAACUAAGUGUCAAAAUAAAUGUUUAGAAGAAAAUUGCGAGAGUUGUGAUCUUUCAUCUACCCCUGGGCUUUGCUCAAAAUGUAAGCCUGGGUUUUGGGGAUUUGACUGCCGGAGUAGAUGCUCUCCUGAAAAAUGUAUGGAAUGCAACAUAGAUGAUGGUAUUUGCGCGCUUUGCAAGAACGGCCUUUCGGGAAAAAACUGCACUUUACUGUGCCAUGGUCAGUGUCAUUGCUGUAACGCUAUAUCUGGUGAAUGUGUUCUGGACAAAUGCUCCGGCAUUACCGAAAAACCAAAUGCAGCAAUAGUCAAUAACAGCUUGCCGAUUGUUGGUGUUGUACUGAUAAUUUGUUCAAUCGUCAUGAUUCUGCUAGUAACCUUGUUUGUUUCCUUAAUGAGAAGUCGCAGAAGGCGAAAGUCAACUCACAAUUCUUCACAAUAUCAGAAUAUUAUUGAAGAUGCUGCAGUGUCGUUCAGAGUGAGCAAGAAACGGGAAAGGCCAGCACACGAAUGAGAAUUACAACGAAUAAGACUGAUAGCAGACCGGAAUCUAACUGUGAGAAGAUGAACGACUCUGAAGAUGUUUAAAACUGAUUUAACAAGUGUGAAACUCUUAAAAAAUAUCUAAAAUAUAUAAAACAUGCUGAGAAACUGUUACAUCUGCCUACAUGCACAUACCAUACUACAUGUAUUAUAAUAAGAUUGUAUAUUUGAACAAAGUAGCCAAAUUAUAUUGCAAUGCAAAUUUAAUUAUUCUAUGAAAAUAGAUAUGUCACGAGUGACACUGGCGACUGAGAAAUGAUAAUGUUCAUUCCACGAGAUUAACUGUGUUUAUCAUAUACUUUUCUCUAAUUGACCUGUGAUUCGAAAGACUUUACCUAUAAUUGUGUGUUUUGACAGAACUAAGAAAAAAGUAGUCCCAUAUGUUUCACUGCAAUAAAAAAUAUUAAAAUGUUUACAGUGAAAAUACGGAAAAUUAAAAUAUGCAUUUCAUUUAACCACUAUUUCUCUAUAUUUUCAUAAAUAUAUAAUAUAUCUAAAUACUGAUAUUUAGCAUUCAUACAUGUUCUAUGGACUUGAUAAAUUUAUAUCUUGUAUGAUAUACACAUGACUGACAUUCAUAAUGCAUUUACACGGAUAAUUUGUUUAAUGUGGGAAAUCAUUAUUAAAAUUCUGCAUAUG